AUGGCAGUACCGGCCGCCGCUUUUUCGGAUGGAGCCUUCAGGUCAGGCGAGGAGGAGAAGGACGACGUCCAGUCCCGUCCGGGCGUCUCCGCGUCUCCCUCUCGCUGCGGAUCUCGGACGAGUUUCGUUUGCGCGGCGGCCCCUGCCACUUUUGCUUUCCAGUUCCUAGAACAGCCCGCCUUCCUCCCUCCCCCGAGUGGCCCGCUUGCUUGUCUCGCCCGGCCCCCGUCUCCUCCCACUCGUCUCUCUCUCUCGUUCCUUCUUUCGCGCCGUCCAAGCGGGCAGGCGGGAGAGAAGCCGGGCGGGCCGGCUCCACCCAGGGGGCAGGGCCUCCCGCCUGGCUCUGCUGCGCCCGCGGCAGGAACCCGCUCUCUGCGCCCGCGUUCCUGGCCGGAAGGAGAGGCCGGCGGACCUUCGGCACCGGAGCUCUCGCAGUCUCCGUGCGCGCGUGGGGCGGCCGCGAUGGAGCUCGACGGAGGGCUAAAGCGGAGCCUCGACGACGAAGAGGAGGAAGAGGAGACCGGCUCCGAGGCGGAGGAGCUGGCUGUUGCCCCGGGCCGCGGGGGCCGCGGCGGAGACUUCGCUGCCGGGUUUGUGUUCGCUGAGAAGGAGGCCGCGGGGCCGGGCAGCGGGACGUGGGCAGAGGUGCUGGGCCAGGUCAAGGGCAAGAGAUCUGCCACUAGUCUGGAUGAGAAGAUUGCAACUGUAAGAAGGAAAAGGAAAACUCAGGAGAAGGAGACAGAGCGAGGACCAGCAAAGAGGCGUACUGGAGAGGCUGCAGAUGAGAAUGUGGGCAAGGCAAACACCAGAGGAGAGGAGGAGGAGGAAGAUCUGGAGUCCGAGUACUCCUCUGCAGAUGAGAGCAUUUUCACAAAAGCUGGGGUGAUAGAAGUGCCAGCCCAUGGGCCAGGUGGGACCUGUGGGGGACCCCCGUCUGGUGUGCGGCAUCCCCUCUUCAUGCUUCCUGCUAACCUCCCCAUGUGCUGCAACACCCACCCUUGCACAGAUACGCUCAAGGUGAAGCAGCGAUGGAAACAUAGUGGAGAGGAGGAAGUCAAGCAGUUCUUUGAAGAAGAUGCUUCACAGUAUGAUGACAGUCUGUCAUUCCAAGAUAUGAACCUCUCCCGGCCCUUGCUGAAGGCAAUAACCACCCUAGGAUUCAAGCAGCCGACUCCCAUCCAGAAGGCCUGCAUCCCUGUGGGGCUCCUGGGGAAGGAUAUCUGUGCUUGUGCAGCCACAGGGACAGGGAAGACAGCAGCCUUCAUCCUACCUGUCCUGGAACGCUUGAUCUACAAACCACGCCAAGCCCCAGUGACUCGUGUGCUGGUUCUGGUGCCAACCCGGGAGCUGGGCAUUCAGGUGCACUCUGUCACCAAGCAUCUGUCACAGUUCACCACCAUCACAGCUUGCUUGGCAGUGGGGGGCCUGGACCUGAAGACCCAGGAGGCAGCACUUCGCUCGGGCCCCGAUGUUCUAAUUGCCACUCCAGGCCGCCUCAUUGACCACCUGCACAACUGUCCGUCCUUCCACCUGAGCAGCAUUGAGGUUCUCAUCCUUGACGAAGCUGACCGGAUGCUGGAUGAGUACUUUGAGGAGCAGAUGAAGGAGAUCAUUCGGCUGUGUGCCCGACAUCGCCAGACGAUGCUCUUUUCUGCCACCAUGACAGACGAGGUGAAGGACUUGGCUUCUGUUUCCCUGAAGAACCCCGUCCGGGUCUUUGUGAACAGCAACACGGAUGUGGCUCCGUUUCUGCGCCAGGAAUUUGUCCGCAUCCGGCCCAGCCGGGAGGGAGACAGGGAGGCAAUUGUGGCAGCCCUGCUGACUCGGACAUUCCCAGAUCAUGUGAUGCUUUUCACCCAGACCAAAAAGCAGGCUCACCGUUUGCACAUCCUUUUGGGCCUGAUGGGCCUCCGUGUCGGCGAGCUGCAUGGUGACCUUUCGCAGGCACAGCGCCUAGAGGCGCUCCGGCGCUUUAAGGACGAGCAGAUCGACGUGUUGGUGGCCACAGAUGUUGCAGCACGAGGACUUGAUAUUGAAGGUGUCAAAACGGUGAUCAAUUUCACAAUGCCCAACACGACCAAGCAUUAUGUGCACCGUGUGGGGCGCACAGCUCGGGCCGGACGUGCUGGCCGCUCCGUAUCUCUGGUGGGUGAGGAAGAGCGCAAGAUGCUGAAGGAGAUUGUCAAAGCUGCCAAAGCACCAGUCAAGGCCAGAGUCCUUCCCCAGGAUGUGAUCCUGCGUUUCCGGGAGAAGAUUGAGAAGCUGGAGCCAGAUGUGUAUGCAGUGCUGCGCCUGGAGCGAGAGGAACGGGAGUUGCAGCACUCGGAGGCACAGAUCAACACUGCCAAGCGGAAACUGGAAGGCGGAGCUCAGGAAGGAGUGGAGGGCGCCCCCCGCAGCUGGUUCCAGAGUCAGGAGGAGAGGAAGAAGGAGAAGCUUGCAAAGGCCCUUCAGGAGUUUGACUUGGCGCUGCGGGGCAAGAAGAAGAGGAAGAAGUUUAUGAAGGCGUCUCAGAAGAAGGCCCAGCUGACGCCUGAGGAGCGGUCACAGUUUGAGAUCCUGAAGGCCCAGAUGUACGCUGAGCGCCUGGCCAAGAGGAAUCGCCGAGUGAAGCGGGCCAGGGCCAUGCCUGAAGACGAUGCUCCGUCGGCAGCAGCCCUGGGAGGGCUCAAGCAGCAACGCAAGAAGAAAUCAUCAGUGUUUGACGAGGAGCUCACGAACACCAGCCGGAAGGCAUUGAAGGAGUAUCGUGCCGGGUGA